UGUUUAUCACUGCGGAUCAGUGUAAGUGAGACAAGUGUGCUCGAAUUGAUAAAACGAUCGACGAUUUAAAUUAUUGGCAUAUCAUAUUUACUGGCAAACGAAAUAUUAUCCCUUAGACGCGAAUUCAUAAUAAUACGUUUUUUUCGCACUAACCGGCGUGAUGUAAAUAAAAAUAUAAAAUAGUAAACAAUAACCGUGGAUCAACUAGCGACACAUAACAAUGCUAUUGCCCCAAUUUGCUUGAAAUUGCAUAAUGAAAUUCGAUUUCGCGCUACGCGUUCUUAGAUUCCGACUCACAAUAUGUUUGUUAUUUAUGAUCGUCGCGCCACGAUGUAAGUGACUUAUAUACAUAUUACAAAUUUUCUUCUACCCAAGGAUCUACAACAGACUGCCUAACUUAUUUCGCCACAAAAAUUAGGAAAUCUCUAUAAUGGUAUCUACUCCGACAUGGACGGAGGAAGAAAUUGGAAAAAAAUGGGACCGAUGUGUUACGAGCGCAUUAGUAAAACUUGGGGCUGGUACUUUUGUUGGAUCUAUUAUUUCACUGCUUUUUAUUAGGAGAAAAUGGCCCAUUGUAACAGGAGCCGGUUUUGGCUUAGGAUCAGCAUACACGACUUGUCAUAAAGAAAUUAACGAUACAAUUACAAAGAAGAAUUAGUUUUUACAAUCUGUUCAUCAUAGAUAAAGCUACAUAAUAUUAGGUUAAAAUCAUUAAACUGGGUUGACAUAAAAGUAAGAGUUAAAUUUAUGAAUUGCAGUUAUUUCUCUUCAAAUUCAGUGAUUCAUCGAGAUGUAGCUGUAAACAAAGGAAUAAAGAUAACUUAUGCAAUGCUACGCAAAAAGACGUGUUUUUCUAUAGACCCAUAGCGGAAUAAAUGAAUUAAAUACAGUUAUUUCAUUAGUUUACUUAUAAAAAACAAACCAAGUCAUAGUUAUUAAUUAUAAAGUACUAGUCAGGCAAAUCAUUUCUUGACAAGAUACAACAAUCAAACGUAAAAAUUUGCUGGUAUCAUUUAAUUUCUAUCACUUAAUGUGCUAAAAAAAUCAAUAUUGAAUAAAUUGUAAAUUUUAAUGGGUAAAAAAAGAUUGAAUGUAUUUGGUAUAUCACAAUAAAGUUAUAAGUUUAUUAUAAUUUUAAAAA